CCAGCGUCGGCGCGUCCUGCAGCCCUGGGCGGGCAGGCGGGGGUCCGAGGCGCACCAGCACGCCAGCCACGAAGAAGCUCGGGUGGGACCCCGGCAGCCGCUGCAGCGACGUUCGCCUGGCUCUUCGGACGCCGUCUCCGGACCGGUCGCUCAGGGCAGCGAGAUGUCGAAGCCGCCUCCCAAACCCGUCAAACCAGGGCAAGUUAAAGUCUUCAGAGCUCUGUAUACUUUUGAACCUAGAACUCCAGAUGAACUGUACUUUGAAGAAGGUGAUAUUAUCUACAUCACGGACAUGAGUGAUACCAAUUGGUGGAAAGGAACCUGCAAAGGCCGGACUGGGCUAAUUCCAAGCAACUAUGUGGCUGAGCAGGCAGAAUCCAUUGACAAUCCAUUGCAUGAAGCUGCAAAAAGAGGCAACUUGAGCUGGUUGCGGGAGUGUUUGGACAACCGAGUGGGAGUGAACGGGCUGGACAAAGCUGGAAGCACUGCCUUGUAUUGGGCUUGCCAUGGGGGCCACAAAGAUAUAGUAGAAGUGCUGUUUACUCAGCCAAACAUUGAACUGAACCAACAGAACAAGUUGGGAGACACAGCUCUGCAUGCUGCGGCCUGGAAAGGUUAUGCAGACAUUGUCCAGUUGCUUCUGGCAAAAGGUGCGAGAACAGACUUAAGAAACAAUGAGAAGAAGCUGGCCUUGGACAUGGCUACAAAUGCCGCCUGUGCGUCUCUCCUGAAAAAGAAACAGGGAGCAGAUGCAGUGCGGACGUUGAGCAACGCCGAGGACUAUCUUGAUGAUGAAGACUCGGAUUAAUUCCCCUGUGGAGCUGCUUUGAGUUCUAAACUUCUUUUGCUUUUGCCAUUCCAAAACCUUGUUUUGUUUGUUUGUUUUUGUUUUUAUUUUGCCAGAUGAGUAUUGAUAACUGUAAGACAAAUGAAACAAAGUCUGUAUGAACAUGGCGUGUCAUACUGUGGCGGAGGAUGUGUAAAUGAGUAGCUCUCACCUUCAGUUUGCCAAGAAGUGGCUGGAUCCUUUGCUGUAUAAAGUGAAUUUAUGUUUGCCAGAGUGCAAGAGAUUAUUUCUAUUUAUCAUGCUAAAAGAAUUUUAAGAAAUUAUUUCUUUAAAAAAAUCAGAUUUUUUUAAAAGUAAAAUUCUUUACCUCAAUCAAGGAUUGGUAUAUUUUGAGUGGGUUUCUUUUUUCAAAGCAGGGCAUGGAUAAUACUUAUAAUAAUAGACCAAAAUACUUAACAGAGAUUGUCAGCUAUUCUGACAAAAAUAAACAGUUGAAGAGACUUUUAUUCCUUUUGCCUGUUUUGUGAUAUCAUUUCAUUCCUGGUAAACAAAGAAAGCAUUUUAUAGUUAGGUAAGAACUUAUUUUAUUUUUAAAAUUAUAUCUUAUAUUUGUUAGCACAGAGAAUUGCCAUAGCCAAGUUUCUGUCCAAGUUCCUGUUUCUUCUUUGUUUAAGACAGUAAGCAUUGAGAAAGUGCAUGUUUAAUAAAAGAUAAAGUUUUAACAA